AUGUCAAGUGCAGGAAGAAAGUUUGAACAACAAUAUAGAAAAGAACAUGGUGCUGGUGCAGGUGGUGAGAGUCAUGCAAGACAUAUCGUCCCAGCCAAGAUACUAGAAGCACACCCAUCAGUUGGUAAUGAUCAUGAAUCCAACUAUAGAAUGGGAAGCAGAGACCAAAACAUGGUAGACCUAAAGAUUGACAACAUGAUUGAAAAGCGCAACUACCAAACACAUGGCCUAAGUAACGAUGAAUACAUCCGUCCAGAUAGAGUUAGAAGUAGAAUAGAACAACAAGUAGCAUCUAUUAAAACGAUGGCUGACUAUAGCAAACGAUACGUUAGAGACUUGUACUUGGCUGCACAACACUAUGAAAUGGAUUUAAGAAUAUUCAAUGGUUUGGAUUUUGAUAGAAGAUAA